CUCGAUGACUUCGGCAACCCAAGUCUUUGACAGCCGGACCGCAAAGAAUUAAAUCGGUUAUAUACGCUGAUAUAAAAAGUCGGCUGAGAGUGUAACGAUGUAUCUGCUUGUUCCCGAUGACCAACAGCGCCUCCGCUUUCGGGCAAACCUUCCAGUAUAUAACCGCUAUCAAGCUUCACGAGCUUGAGAAACAGCGGGAAACUUGCGUGAAAUAUGUCAAUAAUACUCUUGCCGACGUCAAAGUCGCAAAGAAUCCAGUUGCUCAGUUGGAUAUCCUGUUGAAUCGUAUACAUGGGUGGACAGGUACAGGGUUGACUCCGUUGACUUCGCCACAUAUUCAUUUGGACAAUUAUAAGGCAUGGCUUCACUUGGCACGAAACGACCCUUCUAUAUCUUCUUCUCAAGUAACGAUAUGGAUCUCGACCUUGGAGGAACAAUUGAAGCAAGCCGUGACGCGAUAUGAUUAUGCGAAGUUAUUCGGCGAUCUUCUCAAGGAAUGGCUGCAGAGUGGUGACUCUUUGGCGAUUGGUGAACCUUCCGCUGACGAUGAGGCUACCGUGUCAGAUUCUGCAGACACCAAGACUGAGCGUACAGAACGUAUCGAACAACGCGACCGCAUCCAAAAUCUUAUUUUUGAACCCAAGCCCAUUCACACAGCCGCAUUGCACGCUUAUCUCAACGAUCUCUUCACUUCUACUCCUGAGGCCACUGAUGCCCUAGAGACUCUUCGUUCAGAGUUGCGCUCCUUCGGUGACGAGAUUCUCAGCGAGUCAAUCUCAGAUGAGAGCAUGGUGCCUUUGAUAAGGUCAUUAUUAUCGAGGGACCUCCUUUCUGCGGAAAAGACUGCCAUACUGAAAAGCUUCUUGGAUAACAAAGUCAUCUUGAGCGAAGUGGCGAGUGUAUUAAGUAUGCAGCUGGCGAGGCUUGAUACGUGGGAGUGGCCGGAGGAAGGAGUACCUGUGGAGAUGCGGAGACAUCUUUCAGGGAAAUACAGGGCUUACAUGGAUACCGAGAUCAUUCAAGCACUUCUUUUCCAAUACAUCGGCAUGAAAUGGAGUAUAACGAUGAAAAAUGCUUUCCGAGAGUUCGCUGAGUCUCGGGCUUGGAAGAAUGAAAUCGAUCCACUCAGCAGAAAACAGCUUAUCCGCCGUCAGCAGUUCGGAGUUGAUGUUCCAGGCUCAGAGGAUGCAGGGGAUGGCAACUUUUCUGGUGAUCUGUGGGGUCAAGAACCUACUCCUGCUAAACCCUCUACUGGCAGCAACACAGCGGCGCCUCUCGUUGGUUCCAUCCAGGCUCAGCGGAAGACACUACAGCUCAAACAGUUCUUUAUGACUCAGCUACCAGAUUUGAUGGAAGGCACCGCAGAGUACGACCAGGAGCCGGCGGUGGAUUCAGGGGGAGCGCAGAAACCAAAUCCAGGAAUCAAUGCUCAGCAGGUUUUGUUGAGGUUGGUCAGUACAGAGACGUAUCUGAAAAAGAUUUUACAUGGCAGCUGUACCAUCAUGAGAGCAGAUCUGGAGUGGUAAUCAUUUACUUUCCUCGAGUCGAAAAGACGCUAAUAAUUCAUUGGUUCCUACAGGUUCGGACCCUCAUUACCGCAUGAUGCAAUUCUGACGGUGUUUCGCUUCUUUGGGAUGCAAGAAAAGUGGCUCAAAUGGUUUGAGAGAUGGCUAGCUGCAAAAUUGCGUUUUGAUAAUUCUUCUGAGGUGCGCAUUCGGGCAAGAGGUGUUCCUAUCGCCCAUGUACUUUCGGUCGUAUGCGGUGAAGCUGUCCUUUUCGGGAUGGACUUUGCCGUCAACCAGCGUGCUGAGGGUCUCUAUGUCUACCGAAUCUACGACGAUUUCUGGUAUCUAAACCAAUCUGG